AUGUUGCCUAGCUUUCCACAACUUUAUCGACAUGUUUGGAUUCACAACAUAACAUUUCAUCACCAGGUCAUGGUGGACGUAGCGACUCGGGUCACGAUGCCGUCCGAGUCUGAGGUGCACGUGGCCCGCAGCUUUCUCACCAAGAUAUUACGCUCUUCCAUGAGGAGGAGUCGGUUCAAAGGGAAGUCUCGGCCUCAGACCUGGCACUCGCUGAAGCUUCCAGAACAGGAAACUUCUGGGAAAGCGGCUCCGGUGUGGCAGCUCCAACAUGACGCCAGGCCCAAAGCCACACACCAGCUGCUUCAACGCCAUUCUUUCACCUGCACUCUGAGCUCCGGAAAAUCCAUGGAUCAAACGGAGAGACCGAGUCGCAACCUCCCAACAGCACCACAAUACAACAGCAGAGAUGUAACGCAUAACCCCUUAUUCAGGAGAGGAACCAGCAGCGAGAGCCUCUUCUACAAAGGGCCACUCCAGGACCGGAGCAGACUCUGUUGGGAUGGCGCCAACGAACAGCCUCGGUCACGUCUAUCUGUCGGAGGUCGACCGAAUCCCGUUUGGCAGUUUCCAGAGAAGAAGAGGUCACACUCACCUCCUCCACCUCCUCUACCGCUGAGAAGUGACAGUUUUGCCGCCACCAAAGUCUUCCCCUUCACGACCGCUCCGCAGAAAUUACACCAAAACCGAUCCGCGGAAAACCUGCGAGACAACAACCUAAAAAAUCAUCAAGAGAAACCCGAGCCGAGGCCCCUGAACAUAGACUUGCUUCACCCUAGUUCGGCCACGGAUCCCAGCUACAUGCAGCUGCAUCCAAGUAAGCUGUUCUCGCUGUCCAGUAUCGACGUGCGACACUUCAACGGCCUGCAACCCGUCCAUCAGAGGCAGCACAGCGACGAGAGCGCGCUGUAUGCGAACGCCAGGACGGUCCCGAGCGCCAAAAGCCAAAGUGUCGCAAGCUACUACCGCAGUCUGCAAGAUCUGCCCGCUAACAUACGGCGGAACCACCGCAGCGCGACCCUGAAUCCGUCGCAAAAGGCUGGAAAGUUUUACCGACCGAACCAAGGAAGCACAUCGCAUUGGCCACGUACUACUGACGCGUGUUCGCAGAUGGGUUUUAAGGCAAAAGCGCUCUACAGUCUACCUCUGGAGCCGAAUGGACAAACACAACUCGAGAAUAAGCAAGACGCUGCCAGGGGUGAAGAGGAAAAGAGUGAUUUGAAAAAGCAGAUGGAACUCAAGCGGCAGCAGGACCCAUGGGUGCCACAGGACGACCAGCGAAUCACAGCUCAGAGGACGCCGCUCUUGCACUCGUUGGCGCAAGAAAACCAUCGCCGCAGCGACCGCUACGCAACAACGUUGCGCAACGAGGUCCAGGAGAAGCGCGCACAGCUGCAGAAGAGCUGCAGUGCCGCCUCGUUAUUGCGAGAAGGCGAUGAAGCGGAGGACUGGAAGACGUCCGAGAUGUCCAACACGUACAAGGAUCAUCUGAAAGAAGCACAGGCCCGUGUUCUGCAGGCCACUUCCUUCCAGCGGCGCGAUUUGGAGCCAUGGGGCGCGACAAGAGCGAAUGGGAGAGUGCGGGGAAGGAAGCGGCUGCCGUUAGCUAAGCGCACCCACUCGUUCUCCGAGCCGGAUAAGAUGGACAAGGUGGGAGUGGAGGCGGGCUCUUUUGAAGAGCGUACAAAGGUCACGGACGCUAAAACAAUUUUCCCCAAACCGCAAACUAAACCCAACGCGGACAAAGUGGUUUGUGGUGAUGGCCCCUGGGAAGUUGGCCCAGAGACACCACGGCUGGGAACGUUUGCAGAGUACCAGGAGAAGUGGAGUCAGCAGAAGAAAGACGCAAACAAAAGCCAGGGUCGAUGUCACUCUGCAGAGAACAUUUUAGACGCAGAAUCAGAGAAGUGCGUCCACGAGCGCUCACGGUCCUCCCCUUCCGCAGACUGUUACGCAACGAGGUCCUCUCCCCCCUGGACAGACUCUCCGAUGCCUCAGUCCAAUCAGAGCAGAUUACCAGAACUGACAGAACCAAGGAUCUCACCAGUCUCUCCAGUCCCAGUCACUCCAGUCCCUCUGGGCCCUGACCUCUCGUCCCCUCAGCCGGACUCUCCAGCCUCGUGCUCCAAUGUCUCCGCGAGUCCUCAGAGAGAGCUCCAGACAGACACAAGCCCAGACCUCUGCCUUCAGCCCCAGGACAGGACUCCGAGUCUGUGCUCUGUCGGCUCCUCUGCCCCCUGUCCCACCGGAGCCUCCAGCACAAAGACCCAAGAGGAGACCGGGUUGAUGGUUCCAUUCCCGUCUGACUCACGCUCGGCUGAAGAUGUGAAGAGAGAGGAGCUGUUACGUGAUAUCAUGCACAAGGACCGGUCUCUGGCUGAAGUCCUGGACCAGAGCGGGCGCCGUACCACCAUGGACCUGAUGGAGGGACUGUACCCAGAGGAGGAGGGGGUCCAGAGGCACAGAGCCCCCAGACCUCUAGCCUCACCACGCAACAACCAAAGGAAGGAGGAGGACCAUGUGUGUCUCAGCCUGGUCCCCAGCUCUUCCUAUUACAACACGUCUGCUCCCAAAGCUGAGCUGCUCAUCAAGAUGAAGGACAUGGGACAGGAGCUGGAGCAGGAUUCUGAGGACGAGCUGGACCCAGGGCUGGCCAGCAAGAAGCAUGAGUUGAUCUGGAGCCUGGCCCGGAAGCUGGCCGUGCUCCGCGAGGCUCGAUGGUCUCUGCAAGAGGACGUGGAGCAGAACGAGGCGCUGGGUAGAGAGGUGGAGACCAUGGUGCAGCGAAUGUGUCGGCAGAACCAGCUGGAACGCUUCCGGAUGUUUGUGGGAGACCUGGACAAAGUUGUGUCUCUUCUGCUGUCUCUGUCCGGACGCCUCGCCCGAGUCGAGAACGCUCUGAACAGUCUCGACCCGGACGCACCCAACUCUGAGAAGAUGACUCUGACAGAGAAGAGGAAGCUGCUGAUGCGUCAGCACGAGGACGCCAAGGAGUUGAAGGAGAACCUGGACCGCCGCGAGCGCAUGGUGUCCGUCGUCAUGGAGACGCACCUGUCGCCCGCCAGCCUGGACGACUACCGUCACUUUGUAAAGAUGAAGUCUGCGCUCAUCAUUGAACAGCGCCGCCUAGAGGACAAGAUGGUGUACUUGGCGCACUCUGCUCAGGCGCAGCUUGGAGCUCUCCCGCUGGGGCUAGUGGGGUGUUCUCUGCUCGCCGUGUCGCUGGGUCUGGUGCAGUGGCGUGUCUGGCUGAUCCCGCAACACCCGAGUGUCUCCUCCGGCAUCGCAUGGAUCGGUAUCUUCCGUGCGUGUUUCUUCUUCCCACCAUGA